AUGAUAUCCCAUGAGUAUUGGGCGGCCUACCAUGAGAAACUGGCUGCCCUUGAUCUCGACACUCACCCAACAUCAUUCAUUCCGCAGGAUUGGGCUCUCAAUGCUGUCGACAUAGCUAGCGAAUGGGUUGAGCAACAGUUCGCGGCUCAUGUUGCUGGCAGACCCCUUGUUCCUGCUCCUCCGGAACUUGAUCCGGAAACAAUGCUGGCAUGCGGACAACUUGCGUUUGUGCUUGCAGAGGCGUAUCAGCAUCCCAUCAAACUGGAUAUCGAUAUCAUCCGGUACAAUGAGGCAUUGACCAAACGAGAGUCGGGACUGAAUGAUGCUCGUGAAGAAGCUUUGUUGGCAAAGUUCCCUCCCGCCGAGCGCAUUCUGUUGGAUCGCCCAUCGGUUGUAAUCGACGCUGGUUGCAGAAUUAUACUUUGGUAUCUGCCGGGUGCACUGAACUGGUCCCUGCAGCGUGAUAUGUUUACUGCCACAGUCGGUAUGGGCAAGCUGUUACAACAAAGCAUGACCACCAGCAAGACAUCGACCGGAAAGACGACGAAAUGGAGGACAAACACUUCGUACUUUCACCCAUCAAAAGAACCCGGUCUGAUACCCGGGUGUAUCAAUCUUUCGCCUUGCUGGUUUCAACAGGGGCACGAGUGUCAAGGCCGGCCGCCGCAGAAUCCGUUGGAUGGGUUUAUUCCGGAAGUCUCUGCCGCCUUGAAGGGCGAUAGCGGCCUGUCAUCGAUUAUAGAUAUGCAGCGUCCGGCUCUCUUGUCAUCGGCUGCCCUUCGGGUCAUGCACCCACAACUUUACCUGGGCAUCAAUGUCCACUCACGUAGCGCUCGGGCAUUGGGCCGCAGCGCAUGGUGA